CUUGCCGUUCACGGUGCAACACCGCCCUUGUUUGUGAUUUGUGGAGAUCGCCAAGAUCGCCGCGAUUGCCGUUUUUGGAUCACAACGAUCGUUCGCACGGGUCGGUGCAGCGUGUGGUGUUGCUGAUCGCUCUCCAUCAAAGCUUCGUCUCGUCUUCUCUAGUCCCAAAACACCGAUAAAAUGGCCUCUCGCGGGCAGACCGAAACGAGCAAGUUGAAGCAGAGCCUCGAAGAACAGCUCGAACGCCUGAUGGCACAGCUCAGCGACCUCGAAGAAUGCAGGGCGGAGCUGGACCAGGAAGAGUACGACGAGACCAAGUCCGAGACGCUCGACCAACUCCGAGAGUUCAACCAGUCCCUGGAAAAGAUCUGCUCGGGCGACAUGACGCUCGUCGAUGAACUGAACAACAUGCAGCUUACCAUACAGGCGGCCAUCAGCGACGCUUUUCGCACGCCCGAAGUUAUCCGGAUGUUUGCCAAAAAGCAGCCGGACCAGCUUCGGGAGCGGCUGGCGCAGCUUCAGCGAGACGCCAAGAUCGGCAAGCUGAGCGAGGAGCAACUCGCCCCCCAGAAACUCGAGAUCCUGACGGCGCUGAAGAAGUUAAAGGCGAGCCUCCUGCCCGAAGAGGAACUCUUUCUCGAGACGCACGCGGGAAGGGCGCUCCGGGACUUUGAUCAGGUCACCGACGCAUCGGCGAACGCAAACCGACUGCUGGACGUGGCGGGCUCCCAGUUGAAAGCGGCACAGAGUUAACUAUUUGCACUCCUACGUCGUUGACCCUGUGCCAUCGUCGUCGUUUGUGGCCGUGCCCGUCUUUUUACUCGCGUGUGCUUUUGGCCUCAACCGCUGGCUUUGCGAAAGGCUAGUGUGGCUUGUUUCAAAAGCAAGCCCCUGACGGUUGUUUGUGCACCCUUUCUAGCUGUGGCAAAUUUGGGGGAUGUUCGUGGAAUGGACCCGCGAAUAAAGCUUCGAUAAAUUAUUGA